AUCUGCUGUCACUUUAAGUGAGCUUGCAUUUGUUCAUUUUGUUGAAUUUGCCUUUUUUGUAAAGAAACUGUGUUUUCUUAUUUCCUAAAGAUUGAAUUCUUUAGCUAAAAUUUAUCGUUGUAUAGGUGCUUUGAAGACAGAUCAGUAACAUAAACUUGUUUAUUUUAGAUCCAACAAUCAAAAUGACCACAAACGGUGAUAUUGGGUCCUUGGACGCCAGUGGAAAAAUAGUAAAAAUGGAAGUGGACUACAGCGCCACUUGUGAUGAGAAAAUCCCGCUAUGGAAGUCAUGGGCAGCCAGUGGCAAGGUUCAAGAAGCUAUUGACCAGCUACUGGCACUAGAAAAACAAACAAGAACAGGUGCAGACAUGACAUCGACUGCAAGAAUUUUGGUCGCCAUAGUACAGAUUUGCUAUGAAGCUAAAAACUGGUCAUCUCUCAAUGAUCAUAUUGUACUUCUCUCCAAAAGAAGGUCACAAUUGAAGCAGGCUGUUGUAAAAAUGGUGCAAGAGUGUUGCACUUAUGUAGACAAGACACCAGACAAAGAAACUAAAAUCAAGCUAAUCGAGACUCUAAGAACUAUUACAGAGGGUAAAAUUUAUGUUGAAGUAGAAAGAGCGAGGCUCACACAUAUCUUGGCUAAAAUUCGGGAAGAGGAAGAUAAUGUUGCGGAAGCAGCAAAGAUCAUUCAAGAGUUACAAGUAGAAACAUAUGGUUCCAUGGACAAAAGGGAGAAAGUGGAAUUGAUUUUGGAGCAAAUGAGACUAUGUUUGGCCAUCAAAGACUAUGUUCGUACUCAGAUUAUAUCCAAGAAAAUCAACACGAAAUUCUUUGAAGAUGACGAUACAAAAGAACUGAAAGAAAAGUUCUACAGGCUAAUGAUAGCAGUGGACCAACACAAUGGCCAGUACCUAUCAGUCUGCCGUCACUUUAGAGCGCUCGGGCCACUCGGUGGCUCAGAUGCUCUCAUUGGCAGUGUAGUGUUCCUCAUCCUGGCUCCAUAUGACAAUGAGCAGGCUGAUAUGACGCACAGACUGAAUGAGGAUAAGGAUUUGGAUAAAUUGCCUGAGUACAAGCAAUUAUUAGGUCUAUUCAUCAACCCAGAGAUCAUAAGAUGGAGUACCCUCUGCUCCACAUAUGAGAAGAUGUUGAGACUGACUCCCUUCUUCAAUCCCACUGAUGAGAAAGGGCAGGAACGCUGGAACGACCUUAAGAACAGAGUGGUUGAACAUAACAUCCGCAUAAUGUCGAUAUACUACACCCGCAUCACUCUGCAGCGCAUGAGCGAGCUGCUCGGGCUCAGCGUGACGGAGACGGAAGAAGCGUUGAGCCAACUCGUCGUCAGCGCAGUGGUGCGCGCCAAGAUCGACCGCCCCGCUGGUGUGGUGCACUUCAGAUUGAACAUGGACUCUUCAGACCGGUUGAAUGAAUGGUCGCGCAACCUGAACACAUUGAUGCAACUCGUCAACAAAACAACACACCUCAUCAACAAAGAGGAAUGCGUCCACAAACAUUUGCUAGCGACUGUCGAAUAGAUUUACUAUUUAGGAUCAUUUCAGACGUGCCACAUCCGCACCACAGCGACGAAAAUUGUUUUUUUUUUCGAUUCCAUCAGCCUGUAUGCGUCCACUGCUGGACAUAGGCCUUUCCAAGAGCGCGCCACCAAACACGGUCCUCCGCCUUCCUCAUCUACCCACUCGCAGCCACCUUCAGGUCAUCGGUCCAGCGGGCUGAAGGUCGUCGUGAAAAGUAUGAAAACGCGUAAUUCGUUUCUCACCACUUUCCCGCAGCACUCGUAUCACAGAAUAAUAAUUAUAAUAGAAAUUUCCCGAUACAGAAUGAUAACUUCGCAAGGACCUUUAAAUAAAUAGCAAUCUUUGUUCAGACUCAAUAAAGUGCAAUUCAGCUCGUACAGCGUAGCGUCCUAAAAUUUAAGAAACAUUAAGUAUCGCGUUAGCUUGUAUCUCUCUUACAAGAUAUACAUGGAGAGCCUCCUAGUGGGCGCGCCGCCGCUCAUCAUAAUCAACCCAUUGCCGGCCCAC